CUUGCGCAGCCUCAAAGGGCCGGCUCCUUGUCGCUCCUCGACGACGGCGCCUCUUCUGCGUCAGCACCACCACAUCCAUCUAUUCGCACCUCAUCAUGUCCAACGCACCCAUCGCACCCGGCUCGCUCGUGCUCGUCACCGGCGGCACUGGCUUCAUCGGCUCGCACGUCGUGCGCACCUUCCUGCACGACGGCUUCCGCGUGCGUCUCCCGGCACGCACGCAGGAGAAGGGCGACAAGUUCGUCAAGCACUUCAGCGAGUAUGCCGACAAGCUCGAGGUCGUCGUCAUCCCCGACGCGCUGCGCGAGGGCGCGUACGACGAGGCCGUCAAGGGCGUCGCGGGUAUCGCCCACCUCGCCACGGCCAUCGACAUCCAGUCGACGGACUACGACGCGGUUGUGCCGCCGUCGAUUGCCGGCACCGUCGGCGUGCUGCAGUCGGCGCUCAAGUACGGCCCGACCGUGCAGCGCGUGGCCAUCUGCUCGUCGUCGGGCGCCUCGGGCCAGCCCAACCCGGUGCCGCGCGCCAAGUUCGAGGCGGACCCGAGCAUUGCCCAGAAGCUCGAUGCGUCGACGUGGAACGACAAGAGCAUCGAGACGAUCGAGGCGCAGCGCAAGAACGGCAAGGUCACUGACGGCUUCCAACUCUACUACGUGAGCAAGGUGCUGGCAGAGCGUGCCGCCCACGACUUUAUCAAGAACGAGAAGCCCAACUUCACGAUCAGCAUGAUUCUGCCCAAUGCGAACUUCGGCGACAUGAUCCCCUGCGCCACGGGCACCUCGACCGGCGGCUGGUCGCAGGCUGUUGCCGACGGCCAGGACAUGAACCAGAUUGACCCUCAGUGGUUCGUCAACGUCGACGACACGGCGCGCCUGCAUGUCCAGGCACUCGUCUCGCCCGACAUCAAGCAGGGCGAGCGCAUCUGGGCGGUGAGCGAGCGCUUCACGUGGAACGACAUUGCUGCCGAGGUCAAGAAGAACAAGCCCGAGGCAAACGUCGUCACCGUCGAGGGCGACAAGGACCGCGUCGACGCGUCCGACAUCGAUGCUUCGCGCGCUCAGGAGCUGCUGAAGGAGUUCGGCGGCUUCCAGGGCCUGGCCGUCACUGUGCGCCAGGGCCUUGGCCUCGAGAAGCCGCGCAUCUAGACGAGCAUACUCCCAGCAUCGUGCCGCGCUGUACUGUCCAUCCACUAGCCUGCAUCUACACGCUUUCUGCAUUAUUCGCCAAUCAUACUACGCUGCCGCCUGUACC